AUGGACGAAUCAGAAGAUAAUAUGAGUGCAGAAGAGAUAAAAUAUUGUUAUAGUCCGUCUUUUGUUAAAGGUAAACCUAAAAAAAGAUCUAUUGUUGAAAGGGAAUUAGAAACAAACUUAACAGCUAGAGUGACAUCUCCUAUAACAAAUGGAGAAAAUAGUAGUACCAGCCGCUAUGGCAGGACACGUCGUCUGAAAACUGACAUAGACUCUAGCGAUUCUGAAAGAUCAGUUACGAAAACACUAAAAUCACCUAAAUUUGAAAAAUCACCUGCUAGAGUGCAAUCACCGGCUUACAAAAUGCAUGCCUCAAACUCACCAAUAAGGGUGGAAACACUAAAGCGAACACCUACUGCUGAAAAUAAAUUGGAUACUCAGAUUGAGAAUAUAUAUAACGAAAAUAUCUCGUUAAGUCGCUUCAGUUCUGAGGAGAAACAGAAUAUUUCUCCAGUAAAGAAAUUUCCUAAAGUGUAUAUAAGAAAAGAUCUAAUUCAAACUAAAGAUAAAGAAAAAGAAGAAACAGUUGUAUUAAUAAAAAACAUCUUUUCUCCUGUUAAAUUGAGAACAUCAAGUGACACCCAUAUAGGAAAUAUUUUAGAAAGGUCUUCAGAGAAAUAUAGUAUAGGCAGUAUAAAGCAACAAAAUGGGUAUCUGAAUACAUCAUCUGUGGUGAAAACUUUGGACUUCGAUGGUAACAAAAAGAAAAAGAGGGAAAAUAAGGAGGGUAAAACAACUCUGUCUAAAAGUGAAAUAUUUGAGAUGGAGGCUAAAUGUGAAUACCAAGUAGGAGAUUUGGCUUGGGCUAGGAUGGGAACAUACCCAUUUUGGCCAUGUAUAAUAUCAAGAGAUCCUAUCUCUGGAACAUUUGUGAAAAAGAAGUUGUUUGGUCGCAUCGAACAUGACGUAUUACAUGUCAUAUUCUUUGGUGACAAUGGUCGCCGUGGAUGGAUAGUGGACAACAUGCUUAGAAAGUUUUUGGGACAGCUCGAAUUUGAGACUACAAGGGAAAAGUUCACAUCUGAGGCAAAGAAACGUGAUCCAAGACUAUAUGCAGCCUUCUUUAUAUCAGAGAAGAAACUACCACAAUGGACCAUAUCAGUGGAAGAAGCUGAAUCAUUGCUGCGUGAACCAAAAAGACUUCGUAUUGAUAUUUUACAUGACAUGCUUGAAAAGUCUAGAGCAUUUAAAACAACUCCAAAAAUAGAAAAAAGCAAAAAAGUAACUAGAACAAACAGUGAUGUCUCUUUAAGUGAGAGUUUGUAUGACACUUUGUUUUCUGAAGAUGAUUGUAAAAAUAAUGACAGUGAACGGUCUAAAAGUAAAACCAGGAACAAGUCCUUAGAUGUGUCAGAAGUUGUGACUGCAUGUCUUGACAACAUGGCUGCAAAAACUGGUAUAACUAAAAUUCAAAAGCAAUCUCAUAUGGAUCGGUGGCUACAAAAGGCAAAGUCUAAAACACCUGAGAAAUCGUUUUUUAAAGUACAAGCUGUACAAAAGACUGACAAAGAAUCAAAAUCCAUUAAUGUCAAACAUAGAAGAUCAACAUCUAAAGAAACUCAAUCAAAAAAAUCACUGAGUCUAAAAAGAAGUGGAAAAGAAUCUCAAGACGAAAUUGAAAGCAAACUGCUAUCGCAUCAGAAUGAACAUGACUAUAGCAAGCAAAAUGAUCAAGAGUUAAGUGAAAGCCCUGUCGUAGAUGAAAUAAGUCAUGUCAAUGCUAAUGAUUUAGAUCAAAGUGUAAAUUUAGAAGAAAUAAGUUCAGGUAUAGGUUUUAUAGCAAAGGUUGAAAGUCUCUCCGGUAACAUAGGUGAGGAAAAAAAGUGUAAUGAACAAAAUGAUGUAUCCAUGACAAUUGUAAAUGAAGAAUUUGUUGUCAGGGAGAAUAUUCAUGAAGAUGAAUUUAUAGAAACUUAUUCAAAUAAAACAAAGACUGAACUAAAUGACACUGGACCAAUGCAAAUAGACAUGUAUGAUUCAAAUGUAGACGAAAAUUGUUUACCGACAGAAAAGGAAAACUCAUUUACUAUUAGUAAUUCAGACAAUUUAAGAAAAGUUGUAAAUGAAGUACCUAUAGGUAGAAAUGAUGAAGUGGUUAUGAAUAAUACCGCUUUACAAAAUAUUGAAGAAAAUACUAUUGAUAAAAUGGUAGUUGUUAAAGAAUGUGAAAAGGUUGAAGAGAGUGAAAAUAUACCUGGUUUAAUAGAAAAAAGUGGUGAAAGUAAAAUACAAAAUACAGAAACACCAACUAUUGAAAAUGAUCAUUUACCAGAUGUUAUUGGCGAAACUAAGAGUAAAAAUCUAGAGGACGAAAACGACGAUAUCCAAUUAACUGAAGGCAGUGAAGGUCAUGAUUCUAUAAAACAUAGUUUACAUAUUAGUAAAUCAGAAGAAGAACAAAGCACAGACAUACUAAGAGAGUCUGCUGAAUAUUGUAUAGAAAAAGUUCAAGUAUUAAAAUCUGAUAGUAAAUCAUACAGUUCUAAUCUAGAUGACUCAGUUAAUGAAAUCGAAUCAAACGAAAAAGUAGAAAAUGAUUUGUCAGACAUAACCAAAGAAGACGUAGAAAAAUCUAAUCCAAUUGUUUAUAGUACAAAUGAAAUAGAAGGGAAUAUAAAAACUGUAAAUCAUAAUUUAAUAUCCAAUGAAGAAUCAGUUAAACAUUUUAAUCAAGAAAAUGAAGAUUGUGUUUUAAUAAAUAAAGGUAAAGAAAGUGCUAUUGUAGAAACACCUACAUCUACAGAUCAUGAAAAUAAUAUCAGCUUAGUUAAUAACUCUAAUUAUAAUGAAAGCAAAGAUAUCGAACCAGUGGGUACAAUGCCUAUUAAUGAAAAUGUACCACCUGAAAAUUUCAAAGAGAAAUGUAUUAUUAAUAAUAUUGAGAAAUUGGAUGUAGUUGACAAAGACUAUAUGCAUACAGAAUAUGCGUACAAGUCAUUAAAUAAUAAUGAUGAAAAUGGUUUUGGGAUUGACGAAAUAAAAAGAAAUAAUAAUGCAAAAGAAAUUCUUCAGAUUAAUUGCCUACCAGAUCAUUUGGAAGAAGUUUCUCAAAUAAAGCACUUACCUAAUAACACAGGUGGGGGUGAAAAAACUUCAGGGAAUGGAGAUUAUAAACCUAAAGAAGGAAAGGAGAAGCACUCUUGUGUAUACAAGAGUGCUAUUGAUGAGAGUUACAGCUUGGAAAAUAAUGAUGAAGAAAAGAUUUCAGACAAACCUUGCCAUAGAAAUUCAGAUGCAGAAAUUCAAUCUGCAGAUUUAAUUAAUACUAAAGAAUUAUUAAACUCCAAUGAUCCUGAGAUCGAGUUAAAAUCUGUCAAUAAUAUUAACACAAAAGAUAAUUCUGAUCAAAAAAAUAUUGAUAUAAAUUCAGGAAGUGAAGUGUGUAGUGAAGUAUCUCAAGGCAAACGAAAACUUCGCACAAAACUCGAUAGAUAUGUUGAUAAAAUGUCAGACAAAUCUGUAAAACGAGAACAAGAAGAUCCUGAGUUUUUAAAAUACUUGGAGCUGCGACAAGACGCUUUAAUUGAUGAAAACCCUCAGCUAACUCAGGAGGAAAUAACAAAUUACUUGUACAAAACCUGGCUAUAUGAAGAAAGCGUGAAAUCUGAUAGGAAGAGAACUGAUGAUAUUGAACAGGCGACCUUAGUAAAAGGCUUGAAUCAGGAACCAAUACAACCGAAAAAAGUUAGGAAAAAAGCGAAAGUUGAAAAGGAAUCAAAUGAUACCGAGGAUUUUCUUCCUAAAUCAAAAUCAAAACGAAAGACUUUAAGGCCGCACUACAGCGAAGAGCAGUCGGAUAUAGAGAAUGAAAUAGAACUGUUUGAAAUAUUUAAAAAUAAAUCCAAUGCUCCUCUUAAAUCAAAUACACCUUGCGUCGAAAAUGAAUCUGUAAGCACUGAGACUCUUGAUAACGCAGAACCAUUCAAUGGUGAUGAAUUUGACCAAGUGGAGGAAUAUUUUCAACAACUCACUAGACCAAAGCCAAAUUUAUUCAAAGGCUUAUUAAGAGAAAAGGUAUGCGAAGUGUGUGAGAAAAUAGGCAACCUUGUUAAAUGUAAAGGAUGCAAUGCCACGUUCCAUAUAGAGUGUACUAAAAAAGAAACGGAAAUAAUUAUAGAAUCACAAUUACCGACAAGAGGAAGAAAGAAAAAAAAGCGAAACAGAGGUCGUAAGCAGAAGACGUCAGAAGACUCCAACAGUUUAGAUCAGGGUAGUCAAAGCGAUGACAAAUCUCAGGAUGUUUCUGAAGAAAAUCUAAAUGUAUCAAUGGAGGAUAUUGAAUCCGAAUCUCAUAUAGUUGUAGACGCGGAAAACUUAGAAGCUAAAUUAUGUGCCAAAAUGAAAGAAAUGUUUGAUACAUUAGAAAACCAGUAUUGCAUGGAUUCAAGUGAAAAUGAACUCGAUUGGAGCGACACUGAAGUAGGUAAAUGUAAAAUAAUUGAUAUAGACCCACCAUUAAAGAGUAGGAGCUCGGAUACGACACACAAUACUGAUUUUAAAUGCAAUAACUGUCAAGAAUACAGCAUACCCGUGUGCUUUGUUUGUAAAUCUGCUACAUCGCCGAAAGAAGGCAUUGAGUAUAGACAGAGAUGUCAGGUAGCCCAUUGUAAUAGGUACUACCAUUUGGAAUGUUUAGAUCACUGGCCUCAAACUCAAUUCCAUUCUGGGGAAUCUUCUAGCAAUAGUAAGAAGAUAAAAGGAUAUUUUGAACCAAUGUCAUGUCCGAGACAUGUGUGCCAUACUUGCGUUUCUGAUGACCCCAGAGGUUGUAAAACUAGGUUUAGUGGUGAUAAACUCGCCUGUUGUGUUCGAUGUCCAGCCACUUAUCACUCAUUCACCAAAUGCCUUCCAGCUGGCACUCAGAUUUUGACUGGAUCACACAUAAUCUGUCCAAGACAUUAUGAGCAUAAUAGACCGGGGAAAGUACCGUGUCACGUAAACACAGGCUGGUGUUUCAUUUGUGCCCUAGGCGGAUCCCUGAUUUGUUGCGAAUACUGCCCUACUUCAUUUCAUGCUGAGUGCCUUAAUAUUAAGCCUCCGGAAGGUGGCUACAUGUGUGAGGACUGUGAAACUGGUCGUCUACCGCUUUAUGGUGAAAUGGUGUGGGUGAAACUUGGUCAUUAUAGAUGGUGGCCAGGAAUAAUUCUACAUCCAUCAGAAAUACCCGCUAACAUACUAGCAGUUAAACAUUCACCCGGCGAGUUUGUGGUUCGGUUCUUCGGUCAAUAUGAUCACUACUGGGUCAACAGGGGUCGCGUCUUCCCAUUUCAGGAAGGUGAUUCCGGUAAAGUGUCGAGUCAGAAGUCAAAAAUAGAUGCGGCGUUUUCAAUGGCAAUGGAGCACGCACAGAGGGCGUGUGAGAUAUUAAAAAAUGCGUCUAUAAAUGAUGAGGAGUCAAUAGAUAUCGCCUCCUCCCUGCUGCCUCCACAUUAUGUUAAAUUGAAAGUGAACAAGCCAUGUGGAUCUCUUUGUGGAAAACGGGUGGAUAUAGAAGAGAGCUCCCUCACACAGUGUGAAUGUAAUCCGGAUGAGGAAGACCCUUGUGGGCUGUAUUCACAGUGUUUAAAUAGAAUGCUUCUAACAGAAUGCGGACCAUCCUGCCGGGCAGGGGACCGCUGUAACAAUCGGGCGUUCGAGAAACGUCUUUACCCCAAGCUAGUACCGUACAGAACGCCACACAGAGGCUGGGGGCUGAAAACUCUUGAGGAUAUAAAAGCAGGUCAAUUUGUGAUAGAAUAUGUUGGUGAACUUAUCGAUGAAGAAGAAUUCAAAAGACGCAUGGUAAGGAAGCACGAGAUACGGGAUGAGAAUUAUUAUUUCCUCACGCUCGACAAGGAGAGAAUGAUUGAUGCUGGACCAAAGGGCAACCUGGCUAGGUUCAUGAAUCAUUGCUGCGAGCCCAACUGUGAGACUCAAAAGUGGACCGUAUUGGGGGAUGUUAGAGUGGGAUUGUUUGCACUACGUGAUAUACCCGCUAAUAGUGAAGUGACAUUCAACUACAACUUGCAAUGCGCGGGCAUCGAGAAGAAACGGUGUUUGUGUGGAGCGAAGAGAUGUUCCGGAUACAUUGGAGCUAAGCCUAAGCAGACCGAUCCACAACCAAAGAAGAACAGAAAAGAGGUUCCCGUUAAACGCACGUACAAAAAACGCAAAAACAUAGACCUGUCACCGGCUAUAAGAAACAAGGCAGUUAAAAGUAAAGCCUCCCGCUCCAAGCCGAGGGAACUGACAGAGAUAGAGAAGGAUUUGUUGAUCAUAAAGAAUGCUACAAACGGAAUAUCUAGCGACUCGGACUGCAGUGGGAGAUUAAGUAGCAUAGAGAGUAAUAAAGAGACAAGAGCUCUCAAGAGACGGAGAGUUGAUUUUUCAACGGAGGAUGUCACAUUAUUAAAUGGAUUAAACUCUCCAACCACGAAAAGGUAUAAAAUGGACGAAAAGAUUGAAGUUGGCGAUUGA